UCGCCUAAAGCGCACUAGUCGCUUUCAACUGUGAUAACAUCCUCUCUUUUGGCACCCUCUUAGUAAAAGGCUGCAGUUCCGUGAACUCCGCCGACCUUGGCUUCCGUGCACGCGACGUGAUAACGCAUUUUCACGUUAUUUAUUGUAACAACAUUAUCACGAUUUUUUAACUGUAUUAUCAUUGUUGUUAACUGAAAAUGUAAAAUUCAGGGGUCGGGGGUGCGUCGUUAAGUGGACACGCGACCGAGAGAGAGAGAGAGAGAGAGAGAGAGAGAGAGAGAGAGAGAGAGAGAGAGAGAGAGAGAGUUAUCGGAUAUCACAAGGACUAGAGACAGGGUGAAAAAUAUUUGCACAUUUGCAAAACGUCGUGUAGGACUUUUUUGACAGUUAUCAGUUCUUAUCAAUCGGUCAUUUUUUUGGGAAAUUAUUUUUGUACCUUUUCUCCACUGAACUGAUAUUAAUUAGCGUCAUACGGAAAAUUUAUAUAUAUAUUUUUUUUACCCUUAGAGGUUUUCCGUAUUGUUAUCUUUGUCAGCACGAAUUAUGUAAUCGGGAUAAACGUUUAAUAAAAAAUUGUCGCGUUUCAAGAACGCACGGGGAAACGUGUCGUGUUUUCAGAAAAAAAUUAUUUUCUCACGGGCUAAUCGAAGAUAGUGUAAAAUUUUUGUUUGUUUUCCGACUAAGAUUUUUUUUGGAAAAAAAAAUUGCAUUUUUGGAUUUUAUCAAUUUACACGAAGAUACUUCGUCUCGGUUGAUCCGCGUGGGAGGUCGACGUCGUGGUCGGCGGCGGUGGGUCUAAAAGGUAGAAUGGGGGGGGUAGUAUACCCAGAGUAGUGCGAGCGAUUCAUGGCCAGCCAUCGAAUAUUGGAUCGUGGCUCCUCUAACUGGUACAUUAAUGAAGUAAAUCCAGAAGGUUUAACAUUCCUAAAAUUCAAUGGAUAUCCCAGUGGGUCCAUACAGGAAGAGAUAAGAGCUAAAUUAGCAUAUAGGGGUGGCAGCUAAAAAAAAAUUAAAAAAGUCCACAGUGAAAUUUCGUAAAAUCGUAAAGCCCCGAAAAGAUUAUCAAAUAAAAUUUAAUUCGAAGAAAAAAAAAAAUUCACAAAAUAAAAAAAUAUUGCGAUUCUUCCUCAAAAAGAAUUGUAAUAAAAAAAUUUCCCUCUAAAUAAAUAUAUCCAGCUAAAUAAAAGUUUCCCUCUAAGUAAAUAUCGUAUCAAAAAUUCAACCACCCCCGUUCCUAUCUGUAAAUCUCUAUCGGGACCCUAUAAUAUCUAAGAGACGUUUGACUCUUGAUCCUUUACCAGCAGACACUUGGACCAUGUCUUGGAAACUAGUAUACGUGCGGUAGCAUACGAAGUCGAGAAAGGUUUCAAGAGUUCAUAAGGAUUCCGAAGGGGAUGCUGGUAUCUGAAGUGAUCAUUGAAACACGUCGUACUAGAGAGCGUCGGCAGCUAGGACCUGAAGAACAAGGAGUUGGUGAUAACAGUGUCUGCCGAAGUACAGUCUCGUUGUAAAGUAUCGACGAGGCUGUGAGAAAGAAAUUUUUAAAAAGACUGUAUCAACAGGGAAAUUUGAUACUAACCAGGAUGAUACUAGCAUAUUGUCACUAGGCAUAGGGAUACUAGUGGAAUACUUCCAUAGCAGAUUCAUCAGAGCGAGAUUAAAGGGGACGAUAUAUAGAUUAGAGAGAAGGGGGUAAAAUAGAGAUUGAGGGUAAAAAACGUGAAAGGAAGGUUUUUCUCUGAACAGGGGCCCAAGGGUGGGAAAUGGCGGAUUUUUUCACUCCGACUGAAGUUCGCGACGAUAUCACGGCGCAAAGUAUCCGAGCGUCGUUAGGGCACCGGUCGUGCGUUGUGAACGCGGCAUUACGAAAGAGAGAUCCGCGUGUAGAUGUGCGAGAGAGGGCCAGGGAGGGAUGAAAAAUAUAAAAAAAAAAUGUUGAAAAAAUUUUUUACCCUGGCAGGUUUCUAUGUAACAGGUCGAAAAGCAGUGUGAACUACCCUUUAAGCUUGUCCCCAAGGCGGCAGGGUUAAAAUCGACAAGCAUCGCCACGUGGUGGACUUUGACGUAUAGACGAUGACAGCUGUCAGAAUGACGUAAACAAUGAACAGUUGAAUAAAUAGAAAGAAGAAGUGUCGAUCCUGUUCGCAAGAGAUAAUAUUAAUGAGGGCGGUGGUGAGACUGUCGCACGUGGAUAAGACGUGGCGACCCGGUAGAUCCUCUUGGAUCGGAGGAUGCUGAAGCUCUGCAGAUGGUCCAGGAAGUUGAAGAAGAGUAGUCGGGAUCAGGAGUGGAAGGUAUUCGAGAGGGUUCGAGAGGCGUCGGGGUCGCCGGGUGAGGUUGAGGUCGAGAGGAGGAAGAAGAGGAGGAGGAGGUGGAGAAGGAGGAGGGGGACGGGAAAGUGAGAGAUAAGGAGAUAAGAGAUUGUAAGCUGGUGCUUGUGAUACAGUAAAGAUAGGGAAUGAGGGUGAGGGUGGUCGGAAAGUGAAAAAAAAAAUUUUUCUUCCCCCCCCCAAGCCGUUUUUUUUUCGGUGCUUUUUUUUUGACGUGGCGAAGGUGUCAGUGAAGCAAUGGUGAUGGUGCUGAGUGUUUCGCACUCCGAGUGUCCCGGUGAGAUAUCACCGGGCGAAGGAGGUCGCAGCUGGGGUCAACGGAUGGCGAAGACCGAGGACGGGAGGAGGGUGCCAAAAAUCAAGAAAAACAAUUAUCUGAAAGCUGAGAUAAUUAAAGGAAAACAAGCUUCCCGAGGCUAAUCAAGGUGGUCCUGGGGAAAAUCCUGGUAGGAAACGUGCCAAAGAGAGCCCCGAAAGCUAAAAUAAAAGAUAAAAAUCAAAGUGGUCACGUGAUUGGAACCCGGAUAAAGUGGGAAAGAAAAAUUUUUCUCAAAAUCGAACCGAUACUAACGAUCUUUAUAAAAAAAAAGUAAAUAAAAACCGUUAAAGAAAAAAUCCCAAGCAAAGAUGCAGGAGAAGAAGAAGAAACGUUUGGAGUACCCGAGAUCAGCGUCAAAGUCUACCGCGACGCCCGGCGUCGCGUACCGUGAGGAUUUCACGAGAAGUGCCGCGACGUCCAAGUAGAAGAAAAAGGAUAGGACGUCGUAACGAGAAGAAAAAAUAAAAAAUAAAUAAAAAAUAAAAAUAACAAAUUCCCAAGAGAAUCGCGUCGGUCGGCAUCCUAGACUGUGAUUGUGAGAUAAAAAAGUUAAAAUCAAAAAAAUAAAUCUCAAAGCGUCAUGCAUCACAGUGCGAGUUACGGUAGCGGUCCCCAGGAGAGGGUGCACCAGGUGCCACGUACCCCUGUACCUGCCGACAAGUGUCCCUACGAGACGUACCCGGCGCAGAUUCCGGAUUGCUGCGCGGCCGCAGCAGCCGUGCAGGAUCCUUAUCCUCGUCCACCGAGCGGAUACGACGGAAGAUGCUACGAGGAGUGCCAUCGCAGGACCCCUUAUCAGGAAGACUCUUAUAACCAGGAAGUGCCACCUGCCUUUCAUCGGUCCCAAUCCAGACUGGGAUACGACGAGAGACCCCAAUCUCGGGUUGGAUACACUUCCGAUUCAAGAUGCCCCAGUAGGCUCGGCUAUGAGGAUAGUGGCGGCGGUUAUCUGGACCAGAACGAUCCCCGGAUGUAUUGCACGGGGGGUUAUUGCAUGGGGGAUACAAUGAUGGCGACCACGAGGGGAGUCUGCGGGGAGGAAGUGGAAUUGGACAUGAGAAGGCACAUUCAGGCGUGCGCCUGCACGUGUAAUCAUAUGGGAUACGGCAACUAUAUGGAUUAUCAGACAACGUGCCUAACAGAACUGCCGGAUGUGGCGCCCUGUAACGGGACCGUCCGGUUGCCACCGCCUUGCGAGGAUUCGCCGAGCAGCGGAAGCAGCAAGGAACGCAGAGAGGAAACUCCUCGAAGAAGAUGUCGAGUACUGGCGCCGAUUUUACUCCUGGUGGCGGCGCUUCUUCUUGGCGGUCUGUGUCUGCCUUUAUUAUUACAAACGGCGCCGGCGACGCAUCAGCAGAGAUUGGACGUCAUCAGGAGGAUACUGACCGAAGUGCCGUUGAUCGAUGGACACAACGAUCUACCCUGGAACGUUAGGAAAUUCGUUCACAAUCAAUUAGGUGAGGUCAAUCUGAGCAGUGACCUAGGGAGAGUCGACCCCUGGGCCAGGUCUGAUUGGAGUCACACGGACAUACCUAGACUGAGAGCAGGACUCGUCGGGGCCCAGUUCUGGUCAGCCUACGUACCCUGCGGAGCGGCACAGCUGAACGCCGUCCAACUGUCCCUGGAGCAGAUCGACGUUAUUCGAAGAUUGGCCGAAAUGAAUGCUCAGCACCUGACCUUGGUGACGUCUGUUAAGGGUCUGAUCGAGGCGCAUCGCGAGGGUAAGAUCGCCAGUCUGAUUGGGGUGGAGGGUGGUCACGCUCUUGGGAAUUCCUUAGGGGUCCUCAGGACGUUUUACGGCCUGGGUGCGCGCUAUCUCACCCUGACCCACGCCUGCGACACGUCCUGGGCAGUCUGUUCUGUUGGCGAGACCAACAGCACCCAGGACAACGCACCGGGACUCAGUGAAUUCGGCAAGGCGGUGGUACGCGAGCUCAAUCGACUUGGAAUGCUGGUGGACCUGUCACACGUUUCUACCAGGACGAUGAGAGCGGCGCUGCAGACUACGAGGGCCCCGGUCAUUUUCUCACACAGCGCGGCCAGGGCGCUUUGCAAUUCGACGAGAAACGUGCCCGACGACGUGCUGCGAAAUUUGGCAAAAAACGGCGGCAUGGCCAUGGUGCCCUUUUACACUUACUUCAUAACCUGCAAUAACACUGCCACCAUAAGGGACGUGAUCGCUCACAUUAAUCACAUACGAAAGGUCGCCGGGGUCGAUCACGUUGGCAUUGGAGCCGGCUUCGAUGGAAUCAACUUCACGCCCACCGGUCUGGAGGACGUAUCGCGAUAUCCUCAGCUGUUGGCUACCCUGCUGGAGGAUCCAGCGUGGUCGGAAGAAGACAUAAAGAAGUUGGCGGGUCUGAAUCUGCUGAGGGUAUUCGCAAAAGUUGAGCAGGUGAGGGACGAGUGGCAAAGGGCAGCCGUACUACCAGUUGAGAAAAUAAGUCCGCCGGACAAUUCUGCCUGCUCCUACGGCGUCUCCUGAUCUUCCUUCAGGACUUUGACGCCGGGAUUCCUCGACUGGGCACGUUCGCCGAAGAUCCGCCACGUGGCUCGCGAGUCGUCUCUUCGCGUCUUCUGAUCGACGUGACGCGUCGAGGGAACGCCGUGCCGAUUCCUUAUAGAUAAUAAUGAAUAAUAAUUAAUGCUAGCACGAGUUAACGAUAAAUAGUGACAAAAUUUAGAGGAAAGAGAACGAGGAAAAAGAAUUAAUAAAUGGUCGUCGGGGUCAUCGUACUGCGUCGUACGUUGAUGCUGAUGCCAAUGACGACCCCCGUUAUUAUUAUUAUUAUAAUAUAGAAUUAUACUUUCAGUGAAUUUUUACUACUAAUCGUACUGUACGCACAUUAUAUAAAUAUUCGCAUAAUUCAUACUCGCGAACGAAUGAGAUAUAUACGUGUUGCGUAUAUGCAAAGGAAAAUAAUAGACAAAGGACUCUACGUUAGAGACACGUGCGAUCCUAUAGCUUUCUUGUAUAUUUGGAAAUUUCUUACUUUGCGGAUGGUAUGCGUGGGCACGUGACAGAACAAAAAAAAAGAAUCUUAGGUACCUGCGAAUUAAUAACGAUUUUACAUUUAAAUCGGGUCGACUGGUGCGUCGCGCGAUUUUUUUUUUUUCAAUUUUCCCGACUCGGUACGAGCAUUUGCUUUUUUUUACGUCAAUCGAGCAAAAAAUAGUCAUACACUCUUUUUACCUGCAUUUUUUUUAUACAUCAACCUUGUUUCUCUGUAUAUCGACUCGUUAUUUUUUCGCUCACUUAUCGUUACUCUUAUUAACGACUAAUUGGUAGUUACCGGUAGAGCAGCAGGUUUUUUUUCUUUUAUUCCUUUUUCGCGAGGCUCUUCCUUGUUAUCGUCUUUUCUCACUUUCUUUUUUUAUUGCAAGCCCCAACAUCGUCAGGCCAUUUCGUGUUACGAGUCGCGCGACAAUUUCGAGGAAACGAGUGUAAUUAAAAGGGAGAAAAAAAUUGAAAAAAAAAAAUUAAAAAUUCAAGGGACAAAAAAGAAAGAAAAAAAUUAUAAAUACCAAAAAACUGUAUUUCCAUUCGAGGAGUCGAGAAGCUAGAUAAUCAUUUCUAAUGAGUGCGAGUGAGUGCGUGUGACAGCGGAACGAGUAUCGAGAAUGUGCGUAUGAGAGAGAGAGAGAGAGAAGGGAUGAACGAGAAAGUAUGGAAAAGGAUUUAAAAAAAAUAUUUUCGAGCAUUUCGAGGAAGGAGACUCUGACUGAAAAGCCACGAGGUUUAGACGACGAGAACCUUGCGGUAAAGAAAAAAAAAAAUAUCGUAGUGCCAAAAAAAAAAACAUUUCUCGAAGGCUCAAAUAAUAUUUUCGGGGGAAACGUGUUCAUUUUUUAAAAAGACGAUGUAUGUAAGUAAAUUUUUUAUCGUAAGCACACACCGAGGGAACGGGUAAGAGAGACAGGGAGAGAGAGAGAAUUUGUAAAGGAAACGAGAGAGAUAACGUAACGACAACACACAACUGCCUAGAUCUCAGAUUAAUUAACUAUUAUAAGUCCAAACGCACAAAAGACAAGUUUGGAGUAAUAUAUAUAUAUAUGUAUAAAUAAAUAAAUAUAUAUAUAUAUAUAUCGAAAAGAGAAAAAAAGAGAGACGACCACGUCGAUCAUAUAGAACGUAUAAUGGAAACGAUAUGAAAAAAAAGGAAUUUGGAAAAAUGCAAAAAAAAUAUGAAAAGUCUACGUAUAAAUUUUUGAGAUGCGCGACAGAUUUUUUUUUUGAAAACUCAAAAAGAAACUACGGUCAGCGAGCAUCGUGCAGCAGUGGGGGGGAUAAUAGAUGAAAAAAAUUGUACAGUUAUACGCAUAUACACACGUGUAGACAGGCAGACUGGCCGAAUAGAGAUAAAAAGAUUUUUCGAGAUAAGAAUGAAGGAUUUAGGUAAAAAAAAAGGGGGGGGGGAAAGAGGAAAAAACAUAUGAACGGAAAUUCAAAAUAACGUCGUUGACAUAAUAGAAAGUUUUAAUAAAUUAAUUCAACACUGUGGACAAGAUACACUAUCGAUACCUAUUACCUAAGACAGCCCAUCUAUAUAUAUAUAUAUAUAUAUACACUAUUUCAAAAUUAUAAUAUAUAUGCACAUAUGUCACGUGUUUCCUAUAUGUAUAUAUAUAUUAUAAAUAUGAAGACGAGCCAUCCCGUUUAUGUAUCUCUGUAUAUACGGACGGAGAUAUAUCUAUGUACAUGGAAGACACAAGACUAACACACUUGCUAUUACUUAUAUGAAGAAAAAAAAAUAUAUAUAUAUUUAGUGAGAAAUUGCAUGAGAGGGAGAGAGAGAGAGAGAGAGGAGAAGAGCGUGAACGUGCGAGCGUGACAAAGAAAGAGCGACUAUAUUGCAGAAGUAACUAGGAACGAAAAUUGCAAAUUUUUAAAAAAGGACAGUAGACGCACGUGCGAGAUAGAGAGGGCGAGAGAAUGGUGAGAAGCGUGGGAGGGAGAGAGAGAGAGAGGGCGAGAGAAUGAUGAGAAGCGAGAGAGAGAGAGGAAAGAGCAAAGUUGUAAAAUGAAAGAGAAAAAAAGGAUAACGUAUAAAAGUAAACGGCCGGCCGCCUCCUUAUGAAGUAAAAGAAAAGAUUUGCACCAGAUGCACGACUACGAGAGCGUGGAAGGGCGAGCGCUGGCAUCUUAUAGUUGAAAAAAGAAAAAUUAAGAAAAAUACAACCGGGUGGCGAAUUAUUUAAUGACUAAUUUAGUUAGUGAACCGUGGAGUAACCUAGCGGUAUCGUGUGUAACUAAUUUUAAAGACUUUAAGUUCGUUUGAUGUUAGACGUUCGUGAGAUGAGUGAACGUAAAAUUCCGUACGUUCGCCAUUCGCCGCUUCGCUACGCUAGGGACAUUGGAUAGCUAGCGUUGGUAUAGUUCAAUCCUAGUGACUUUUCUCCGUACGAUUUCCAAGUUUCGAAAAAUAUGAAAGGGCUGUUGAAAAAAAAAACCAAAAUCAUGGAAACGCGGAGAAUUUUUUUUAAUAUAAAAAAAAAUGGCGUGAUGGCGAACGAGGAAUUUUAAAAUCAACGAGACAAAAAAAGGCGAAUAGAGAAAUCGAAUACGAGCGAGAAUCGAGUGGAACGUGUUUUUUUUUUUUUUUUUUUU